AUGAACGGGAGUGGGCAGGGGGGGCGCCGACAGGGGGCGGGCCUGGAGAGGCCCAGGCCGGGAGGGCGACGAGACCUCCGCGCCCCUCACCCCAACCCCAAGCCCAGGCAUGCACACCCGACCGGCCGCUCGGGGUCCCGGAACACUCUGGACCCCCGUGCCGGGCCAGGUUUUCUGGCCAGGGUUGCCGGUGUGCGGGGACGGGGCGGUUUCGGCCGGGCUGUGGCCGGCGCGCCCCGUGGAAAGCUGUGGCCGGCUGGCUCGACACGGCACAUCAGGGCGAAAAGGAGGCGCAGCGCAGGGUUUUCAAAGGCCCCUGGCGACAGCCGCCUCCAUCUAAGAUCAUACCACCUUGAAUAG